CUAAGGAUAAAGAAUAUAUGUCGACAUAUAUCGGUUGAUAUAAAUACACCCACUUACCAAUUCAAUAUCAUAGUUGUAGCAGAAAUUAAGCAAGAGUCAUCUACAAAACAAACAAGAGAAACAAUGAUGAGAUCCAAUGACUACCACACCCACAUUUCAGAAGUUCGAAGGGAGCCUAGCGACUACUCUCGCUACCCAAAUGGUGAGAUGGCCUUCAACAAGAGGGUUGUCUACGAGGAAGACGCGAUUGAAGGAUCGCGCCAUGGACGCCACCACCACAACCCUGAGAUCGUUGAGAGGGUUGAAGUGGUGGAAUAUGAACGUGUACCUGAGGUUAGGCCCUAUGGUGGUCAAGUGAUCUACGAAGAGGACGUGGAUGUUGAGACCAAUAAUCAAUAUUACCCACGAAGGACCAGGUCAAAUGGUCACUCAUGGAACACAUUCAGGCCAUAAGCUUGUUUGAUGGUUACUUAACAUGCAAGGCAGGAUAUCUUAACAUAUGAUCACCGAUGUGUGUUUGUAUUAAUUAAAUAAACUCCUGCUUAGCCAGCCGUUAUUAUGUUAUAUGAAUCGUGUAUCAAUAAUUAAUGAAGCAUAUUUAUAUCAUGUAUUAAUGAACAUGUGUAAACCAAAUCCGUGAGCACGAUCAAAACUUAUGCCAAAAACUUGUGUAAACCAAAUCCGUGAGCCUUUGUAGGUAACUCUGUAAACACUCUUUGAGCCUUGAUGCCUACCCUAACCCUUGUGAUAAUUAAAGUGUUGUGGCCCGGCCCUCACCCAAAGCACAUUGAAUUUGACAUCCAUUUUGUUUAA